UUUAGUUUUUUGGACAUAAGAUAUCAAGUAACCAAGAUAACAAAAAAAAAAAAAAAAUAGGUCUUGAGAUAACUUUCUUCUUUUUAGGCAUUUGCCAGAUGUUAGAGGUUCGAAAUUAGAUGUUUUCUUCUAUACUCAAAGAGUUUGUGCACUUUAUUGAACAACUCAACUUCCUCUAUAACACGGCAGUACUGUAUGAGCACUGCUUUAUUCGACAAAAAAAAAAGGUAGUCAUAACGUUCAACAAAUCUAUAAAAUUUAUAAUACGACUGAGACCUCAACAGCCAAGAUUUCAAUAAAAGUCAGCUUGCCAUUUUUUAUCCAUGUCUUUUCUUUAAUAAAUACAUGGCAAUGUCUUUAUCAUUGGAAAGAUGGCAUAAAUCAAUCAAUGUUAUACAACUUUAGACCUGGGAAGAUUCUGUUUUGUUGAGCUACGAUAGUGAGUAGUUUGAACAAUUAGAAUCUUUUUGUUUGCUUAAAACGGCUCAAGAAGAGUCCAUUCCUCAAGGCUUUUUCGGAUUCUCCACGCCCAUCUGAUCAAAAUCAAAUAAAAGACAUUGGCAAGAAAGACUAGCCCUUCAUACAAAGUUAAAUUUCGAGAGAAUGCACAAAACAAAGUAAAGAUAUUCACAUGGCAAGGUCAUGCCAAUGAUUUAAGUGACAUGAACUUCCGGAC